ACCCUUAAAACCCGGCGGGCCCAACCCCUGCAUCUCCCCCAGGCCCCACAAAGACCCAAAGACGACGCAGAGCUGGUCUCCCAGAGUCUCUGAGAUGAAGGGCCUCAUCAUGCUGGCUUGGCUCCUGGUUUUCAGUGCGCCUGCUGUGCUGGGAGGCAUCAUGGAAAUGAACCAGAUGAUCGAGGAGGUGACGGGAAAGAAUGCUGUGAUAGACUAUGGCUUCUACGGCUGUUACUGCGGCUUGGGCGGUCAGGGGACCCCCAAGGAUGCUACUGACCGGUGCUGCAUGGAGCAUGACCGCUGCUAUGAUGUGCUGCAGAAGAAAGGCUACGACACCUGGUCGCACUAUUACAAGUACAGAUACUCACGGGACGUGAUCACCUGCGAGCCUGGGCCCCGCCUCCAGGUGCAGCUCUGCACCUGUGACCAGAAGUUGGCCUACUGCCUGAAGAAACACCUAAAGACCUACAACCCUAAGUACAGACACGUCUUCAAACUCUGCUGCACCUAGUGACCCUCAGUGAGCUCCUCCCAGAUCGUGACUUUCGUCCCCCGCUUCCUACACAACACGCAGCUUUCCAACUCUGAGCUCCUCAGAGAGGCUCCCUGGUCUUGCCCCUUGUUUUUUCCUGAUGGUCGCUGGCCUGGGAGGAGCCCCAGGGCCACCCUUCCCUCCCCACAGAACCCCCAGAGAUUGACUCCGGUCAUGGGACUCGACAAAGUCGAGGUCCCUGGCCUCUCCACUUGUGAGGUCAGUCCUUCUGGUGCCCAGAGCUCCCUCUUAACUCCGGGCCCAUCGCUGUCGACUCUGAAGACAGAGCCCAGUCUCCGGGAGGAAGGCUUCCCUGGGAUGCAUUUACUUCUCGGUUUCUGCUCAACAAGAAGCAAAAUUAACGCUGUAAAUCUGACAUGUGAAUAUUAAACAAAAUGCCUCCUCAAGAGCAAUAGCAAACCA